AUGCCUCGCCUACAGUACGACAUGGUUACGGGUGGACACGACGGCCUCGUCAAGUUUUGGGAUGUUCGAAGCCUGGCCCGGCCGGUCUAUCAAAUGCGCCAACAUUCACACUGGCAUGUUUUUGGGGAAUUUUUUUUUCUUGACUUUCUCACCCAGGCCACCUUGGCUCUCAUGAAGAUGAGUGAACGGACGACGAGCGCGCGCUAUAAUCCGUUCCACGAACGUUUGGUGUUGACGUCGGGCACAGAUGGGCGCGUGUUGUUGACCAAUGCACCUAUCAUCUCUUCUGCCCUCUCCUAUGAGCGAGGAGAGUCUGAUGACAGUGAGCUGACGGAAGGCCAGCGCCAGGCAAGGCACAUGUUGAGCAAACCCGGCACAGUGGCCAUCUAUGAAGAACAUGAAGACAGUGUCUCAGCACUGACGUGGCAUCGAGGAGAUGCAUGGACCUUUGCUUCACUAUCGUGUGAUGGGCGCUUAAGUAUAUGCCGAGUGCCUGAUGAUAUCAAGUUUAGCAUCUUACUUUGAGAAAACGCUCUUCCCGUGUACACGCCAAAUUGAGUCAGGUUUCAGG